AUGGACAGAGCAGCGAGCAGGAGCCGUAGUCCGGGUGUCACCGCUUCUAUUCUCACACUAUUUCUUAUACUGUGUAUCGCAGAGAGCGCGACAGGAUCGUGCUUAAGCUACGGACAUUCGUGUUGGGGUGCCCACGGAAAGAGAUCAGGACGACAACCCAUCGCUGCUCCAGACUGGUAUCUAACUAAGAUGCUGCGUCACAUCGCUUCGAAUUCUGAAAUGAAUCGUGAGAACCAAAUGCAAACGAAGAAUGACGACCUUAGCGCCAUCUUCCAGGUGGAGAUGCCAGAAGACGAAUCGGCUACUGAAAAAUCUCUAUCGGAAAACCAAGAUACACCAAUGGCAGCAUCAAGGACCAUAGAAGCUAAACCUAUGCUGGACGACGAAUUACUUUCAAAAAUAAAAUUAUGGCAGAUCAUGAGACAAGCCUCCAUGGAUAACUAA